GGGGGGGGGGGGGGGCAUCAGAGAGGCUAUAUAAGUGCGCGCGCGCAAGAGGCCACACUAGAAGAAGCCCUGAGCGCUGAUUUCCCCCGCGGAAACAUCUCACGAUGUCCCCACUCCUGUACAUCCUCACACUGGGCCUGCCGCUUCUCAGCGGCGCGUCCUCCCCGAGCGUCCAGCCCGACCUGAGCGCCGACACGCUCUCCGCGGCAAAGCAGGCCUGCGCGGCACUGCGGCAGACGCUCGGCCCGUCGAUCGUCGCGAGCAGCGGGCCGGAGUACACACACACCGCCGCGGACACAUGGAGUCUCUUCAACUCCCGCACGCACCCGACGUGCAUCGUGUAUCCGCGCACGUCGACGCACGUCCAAGCGGCGAUGGCUAGCAUCUACCAGUUCGGGUCCAGGUACUCUCUGCAGUCGGGCGGGCACAGCGCCAUGAUUGGCUGGAAUAGUAUCACCGACGGCGUGCUGAUCGCGUUUUCGCACAUGAACUCGACGACGUACGACCCCCGCAGCAAGACAGCCACUGUGCAGCCAGGCGUGCACUGGGGCGAUGCUCUCGACGCGGUGCAAUCGCAUGGGGUGUCGGUGCUCGGUGGUCGUGCGAGCGACAUCGGCACGGGCCUGCUUCUCGGCGGCGGAAUCAGCUUUGUUUCUCCGCUGUAUGGCUGGUCCUCCGACCUGAUCAAGGAGAUGGAUGUCGUGCUGCCCACUGGGAAGAUGGUGACUGCAUCCGAGACGAACGCGUACGGCGAUCUUUUCCAGGCGCUCAAAGUUGGCGCCAAUCGGUUCGGGAUUGUUACUCGUUACGAGCUGUAUGUGGCGGAGACCGGCACGAAGGAUGACAAGAGGUGGUACGGUGGGAUCAUUACGUUCCCGGGUGACCAGGCGGAGGCGUUCAGCAAUGCGACUGCAAAGUACAUCCGUGAAACCAGGGACCCCAAAGCUGGCCUCAUCUCUCUCAUGAACGUUCUUCCGACUCCGGCCAACAUCGCGUACAUGUUCUACCAAGGCAGCUCCCUCCCCGAAUCCAUCUUCGGCGACUUUCUCGCGAUCCCAGGCGCGAGCCCGGCAUUCUCGCCCCUGAGCUACUACGACAUCGAGAUGCUGAUCCCCGGCAACGGACGCGGGAACGGAAACCAGUUUGGUGGCUCCGCGUGGGUGGGCGACGAAGCCACGUACUGGGCGGGCUAUCAGAAACUGCAGAGCUUCGCGGCUCAGUACGGAUCCAAGCUUCACGGUGCAUUCCUGAUCGUGUCGCCGAUCCCGGAAGUGCAGUGGCGGGCGUCGCGGAACGGGAAGAGCCUGGUCGGAAAUCCGGGUGUGUCGUACGGCGCUAUCAACUACAACCUCGUGUAUCCUGCCGGUGUCUCGACGUUGCCUGCUGAUGCGGACGCGGGUUUCCAGCGGAUGCUGCAGGAGUCAGUGUCUUGUAAUCGAUAUCCGGUAGUUGCUGAUGGCUUCCGCAGAGCUGCUCAGAGCAAAGGUCUACCUCUUUAUGUCAAUGAGUGCCAUGCAAACCAGGAGGUCUUUGCAACGUACGAACAUUACAAUCUGCUCAAGAACAUAUACGCCAAGUAUGAUCCGUCGCGAUUCAUUACCAAGCAUAUGCUAGGGCCCAAAGGUUUGUAAGCCGACUGAUUAAAUCGAUCAAGUAUGUUUCCCUCAUUGGUACAUAGUACCUGGUCCCAUGUACAUCUCGAGACUUCCGUUUAUGUAACAUACGCUUCAGAAGCAAACAUGAAGGAGUAAACUGAUGAAGGUUUCCUGGCCAAGUUGG